CGGCACAAACACAAUGUUGCCAGUUUGGAGAGAAAUCCACCUUGAAGUGGAAGGCUCCCGUCAUGUAGCCUGCAUCAAGCUGCUCGAUAUGAGGGACAGAAGAAACCGGAUCUGGAUUCUGUGAGGAACACAUCAGCUGGAACGGAUUGGCAGACGCGCUAGUGCUGAGGACAGAAGACAGACGAAGAUGACAGAAGGGCAUUUAAUUGUUGAAUAUAUCUAAGGCUGGAUGGGUGACAGUUUAUGAGGGUUGUUUGUCAGAUAUCAGCUCCCCUUUGUCCUGUCAGGAGGCCGCAUGCGGUGGCUUUGUGCAGAAAACAGGCGCUUCCUCCUUCCACCUCCAGAGGACUGACGGCUGGCCUGACUCUAUUGGCUCGAAGGGAAUGAAUCAUCACCUUUAUCGCGGGGGUUCAGGGAUGCUGUCACUCUCACCUCACCCUUAACGUCCCCCAGGCAGCCCCACACGUACACAAACCGUCCAGCCCGGCCGUGCGUCUGCUCUCUGAGAUUAUAAGGCCGUGUCUCUUUGGAGCCAGCAUGGAGGAAAUCCUGCGAAAGCUGCAGAAAGACGCGUCGGGACACAAGUACAAAAGCAUCCGUGAUGCCUGCGUCUACGCCUGCGAAACCCUCGAGGCUCAGAAUGGACCAGCCAAGAUUUCCCCUUCACAGCUUCGAGAGCACUGCCUGCUGCCUCUACAGAUGGCGCUGGAGUCUAAAAACACAAAACUGGGACAGACGGCGCUUACUGGAAUGCAGAAGCUGCUGUGUGAGGACAGGUUUGUGGGUGGAGUUGGAGUGGAGGUGGAGGCCCUGGAGAAGCAGCUGCUCAGUCAGAUACUGGAGGCUAUCAGAGUCACCCCGACUCUCCACGAGGACCUGCAGGUGGAAGUCAUGAAGGUCCUGCUGUGUAUCACCUACUCAACAAACUUUGACAUCACCGGAGACUCCAUCCUGAGAAUUGCUGAGGUGUGUAUCGAGACCUAUGUGUCCAGCUGUCACCAGCGCAGCAUCAACACGGCGGUCAGAGCCACGCUGAGCCAGAUACUGGGAGACCUGACGCUACAGCUGCGGCACAGACAAGAGGGUGCAGACGGAGAUGAGUUGACUGCGCUACCUCUGCAGAGAAGAGAUAUUUCUCCUACCAGUCAGGCUCUGUGUGAGGACGUGGUGACAGUUCUGACAGUUUUCUGUGAGAAGCUGGAGUCGGUGGACAGUGAUAACCAGCUGCUGCAGCUGCUCUACCUGGAAUGUAUCCUCUCCAUGCUCAGCAGCUGUCCUCCCACAAUGCACCUGUCCAGAGGUUUCACAGACCUUGUGUGGAAGCAGCUGUGUCCAUCCCUUGUGGCGAUCAUGGGAAAUCCUGCCAAUGACAAAACCAUCGCCUCCCACCACAGCUACAUGGGGGUGCCAGACCGAGACCGGCUCUCCGAGAGACUCGGUCUAGGGGCUCAGCUUCAUGUCGCUCCUUGCUUUCCUCUGCCAGGAAUCAGCCAGGAGGUGGAUGCCUCCGGUGGAGGGGUUUCUGAUCAAGGCAGGGGAUCCGGCUGCUCCUCCAGCGCCCCUGCCAGGAUUGCGCCGGUAGUGCGGACGGUGUGUUAUAUCGCAGCAGAGCUCGUGCGCCUUGUGAACUGCGUGGAGUCAAUGAAACCAGUGCUGCAGUCACUGUACCACAGGAUUCUGCUGUACCCGCCCCCUCAGCACCGCACGGAGGCCAUCCGCAUCAUGAAGGAGAUUCUGGGCAGUGCUCAGCGGCUGUAUGACUUGGCCGGUCCAUGUGUGGCUGAACCUGACACCAGGAAGCGCUCCUUCUCAAAGAGGAAGUCCCACCUGGACCUGUUGAAACUAGUGAUGGACGGGAUGACAGAGGCGUGUAUGAAGGGAGGCAUCGAGGCAUGUUACUCCUCUGUGUCCUGUGCCUGUGCUCUCCUCGGGGCACUGGAUGAACUGUCGCAGGGCCGCAGCAUCCAACCUGAGCAGGCUCGGCUUCUCCUCAGGCGACUGGACGAUCUGAAAGACGGGACGGAAUCGACACGUGAGUCUAUGGAGAUCAACGAGGCCGACUUCAGGUGGCAGAGACACAUCCUGUCCUCUGAGCAGGCUGCGUGGGACCCCAGCUCUUCUUCCUCCAACAUGGCCACUGCCGGGGUCACUGAGCGCAGCCCUGACAUAAGCAUCAGCAUCACCACUGAAACAGGCCAAACCACCCUGGAUCUGGAGGUGGGGGACCUGGGUCUGAGCCACACUGCUUAUGAGGAGUGUGGGGAGGAUGCACGCCUCUCCUCGCCCUCAUCCUGUCAUGGCCUGCAAGGAGACAAACCUGAGCUGAGCCUUGAGCCGGACCAGGGGAGCCAGAGGGAGGAGGGAGGAGGUGCGGGGGGAAAUAAGGGAAGAGGAGAGAGAGAGAGAACGGGAGGAGGAGUGGGAGAGAAAGGAGGUGCGGUCCCUCCAGAUGUGGUCCAGCGGAGUCAUGCCCUCGUCUACCCUGACAUCACCAACUUCCUGUCCGUGGAGUCCAGGACCAGGUCUCAUCACGGAGCAGGGUCACGAUACAGUGAAAGUAACUUCAGCAUGGAGGAGCAGGAGCUGUCACGCACAGAGUUCGACUCAUGUGAUCAGUACUCCAUGGCGGCUGAGAAAGACUCUGGGCGCUCUGACGUGUCUGACAUGGGCUCUGAUAACGUUUCUCUGGCUGAUGAGGAGCAGCAGACGCCUCGUGACUGCCCUGGCCACCGCUCCCUGCGCACCGCCGCCCUGUCGCUCAAACUACUACGCAACCAGGAGGCUGACCAGCAGAGCGCCAGGCUGUUCGUGCAGGCGCUGGCGGCGCUGCUGCCCCGGCUGCUGGGAUUGGCCACUGCCGCGGAGGUGGACUUGUCCCUGCAGAACUUCUCCUCCACCUUCUGCUCUGGACUACAGACUGGUGGGAUUCACUCUCCAGGGUUUGAGACAGGUGACACCCUCAGCUGUCAGUCUCUGAUGAAUGCAGACGGUCUUUACCUGGUGUCCUACUACGCUCUGCUGCUCAAUCUCAAACUCUGCUGCUGUGACUACUACAAACGGCGAGCGCUCGCUCCCGUCCUCAGCCUGAAGGAGUUUGUGCGUCUCAUCCAGAGCAGCGGAGUCCUCGUGGUUCUGUCUCAGGCCUGGAUAGAAGAGCUCUACCACCAGGUGUUAGAGCGCAACCUGCUGGCAGAGGCUGGCUACUGGGGCUCACCGGAGGAUCAUGCACUGGCGCUCAUCACCAUGCUGACAGAUAUUGACGGUCUGGGCAGCAGUGCAAUUGGAGGCCAGCUGAUCAGGAAGGCGUCCAGCCAGUCACCGCUCAGCUGUGACAAGGCAGGCAGUGACACUGUGAUGGCAGGAGCUGUGUUCUCCCGCUUCAUCCUUACUGGUGUGUGGAAGAACCUGAUUGACGUGCUGUCUGCACCGCUGACGGGGCGCAUGGCAGGGAGCUCCAAGGGCCUGGCCUUCAUCCUGGGAGCAGAGGGGGUUAAGGAGCAGAGCCAGAGGGAGAGAGAUACCAUCUGUCUGAGUCUAGAUGGCCUACGCAAGGCUGCUGCGCUCAGCUGUGCCCUGGGUGUUGCAGCCAACUGUGCGUCAGCUUUAGCCCAGAUGGCUGCAGCCUCCUGUGUGCAGGAAGAGAAGGAGGAAAAGGAGGCGGCAGAGACGGGAGACGCCAUCACACAAGUGAAGCAGCGCGUUGAGCAGCGUCUGGAGCAGAUGGGACGACCUCAGGGAGUCCGUCUACAUACGGCUCACGUGUUGUGUAUGGACGCCAUCCUGAAUGUGGGCCUGGAGAUGGGCAGCCACAACCAUGACUGCUGGCCACAUGUCUUCAGGGUGACCGAGUACAUCAGUUCACUGGAGCACACCCAUUUCAGUGACGGCUCCUCACAGCCAUCCUCUUUGACCACCAUCACGCAGCAGAGCCAGCUGGCAGCUGGCGUCGACCUGGGGCUGGAGAUGAGCUGUGAGCCUAGCCCCGAAGCCUCAGAGCUGGGCCUGAGCCAGCCGGUCAUCCAGCCUCUGUCCAUCCAGGAGCUGCUGAGGGAGAGCAGCAGAGGAGGCCGAGGUCCAGACCUGAAGAGCGGCAGCCUGAUGACGGGGACCAGCGCCGCCAAGGCCGUGUGCACACUGUCAACGCAGGCUGACAGGUUGUUUGAGGAAGCAGCUACCAAACUGAACCUGGUGGGUCUGGUCGGCUUCUUGCAGCAGCUCAGGAAAGCUUCUCAAUCUCAGCUGUUUGACUCUGUUACUGAGACUGGAGACUAUUCACUGGCCAUGCCAGGAGAGGCCAAGUCGACGCUGGACCGGCGCAGCGCUCUUCACCUGUUCCGUCUGGGCGAGGCCAUGCUGAGGAUCGUCAGGAACAAGAACCGGCCUCUCCUCCACAUGAUGAGGGCCUGGAGCGUGGUGGCGCCACACCUGGUUGAGGCAGCGUGUCACAAAGAGCGUCACGUAUCCCAGAAGGCCGUUUCCUUCAUCCACGAUGUUCUGACAGAGGUGCUGAUUAGCUGGGCGGAGCUCCCGCACUUCCACUUUAACGAGGCGCUGUUCAGGCCCUUCGAGCACAUCAUGCAGCUGGAACUCUGUGACGAGGACGUACAGGACCAGGUGAUAACAUCGAUAGGUGAGCUGGUGGAGAUGUGCUCUCCGCAGAUCCUGUCAGGAUGGAGGCCUCUGUUCAGCGCUCUGAGGACCGUCCACGGCAGCAAGACCGACACCAAAGACUACCUGCUGGGAGAGUACUCCAUGGGGAAGUCCCAGGCUCCGGUGUUUGAUGUCUUUGAGGCUUUCAUCAACACUGACAACAUCCAGGUCUUUGCAAAUGCUGCCACUGACUACAUCAUGUGCCUCAUGAAGUUCGUCAAAGGCUUGGGAGAGGUGGACUAUAAGGAGAUCGGAGACUGUGUCCUUGUGUCGGGUUACAGCUCCACUGAUCUCUGCUUACCUGCUCUGGACUACCUCCGCAAAUGUUCACAGUUGUUGGCAAAGAUCUACAAGAUGCAAUCCAAGCCAGUGUUCCUGGGGGCACGGCUCGCCAGCCUGCCGAUGAGAUCGCAGGAACGCUCAAUGAGUAGUGAGGAUGGGAUCGAAUGUGUGCUGCAGGAGUUUGAUGACAACACAGGUCUGAUCCAGGUGUGGAUUUUGUUACUGGAGCAGCUGACACAAGCUGUGUCAAACUGUCCUCGCCAGCACCAGCCUCCCACCCUGGAGCUGCUCUUCGCCCUGCUCAGAGAGGUCACCAUCGUACCGGGUCCAGGGUUUGCCAUUUUCUCCGUCAUCCAGCUGCUGCUUCCUGUGAUGUCACUCUGGCUGCAGCGUAGCCAUGGCGACCACUCCUACUGGGAUGUGGCUGCGGCAAACUUCAAACACGCCAUCGGCCUGUCAUGCGAGCUGGUGGUGGAGCAUGUCAACGGUUUCAUCCACUCAGAUAUUGGGUAUGAGUCUCUGAUCAACCUGAUGCUGAAGGAUCUGUUCAAGCUGCUGGUGGCCUGUGUGUCUGAACCUGCUGAGACCAUCUCCAGAGUGGGCUGCUCCUGCAUCAGGUAUGUGUUGGUUACAGUGGGUCCAGUGUUCACAGAGGAAAUGUGGAGGUUGGCCUGCUGUGCUCUGCAGGACGCCUUCUCUGCUACGUUAGAGCCUGUCAAGAACCUUCUAGCGUGUUUUCACAGCGGCUCAGACAGUUUCUCUGGAGACGCCUGUGAGGUGAAGGUGGCAGCGCCAUCUCACUCACCGUCAGCUGAGGCAGAGUACUGGAGGAUCAAAGCUAUGGCUCAGCAGGUCUUUAUGUUGGACACCCAGUGCUCUCCAAAGACGCCCAACAACAAGGACGGUUUUGAGCACGCUCAGUCCUGCGUUGUCAUCAUCGAGCUGCCGUCUGACCAGCAGUCCAACGGACACACUCAGAAGAGGAAAAUUGGGAUCCCGUUCCGGACCAUCGUGGUGAGCCUGCUGUCCCAUCAGGUCCUGCUCCAAAACCUCUAUGACAUCCUGCUGGAGGAGUUUGUCAAGCAGCCAGAAGGUCACGACAGGGUCACCCCUGUCACCUCUGACCCCAGCAGACCCACAGCAGGCUUCCUGCGCUACAUCUCCAUGACUAAUUUAGCCAUAAUCCUGGAUCUGCUGCUGGACUCUUACAGGACAGCACGAGACUUUGACACCCGACCGGGUCUGAAGUACCUGCUGAUGAAAGUGUCAGGUGUUUGUGGGGCAGCCAAUUUGUACCGACAGUCUGCCAUGAGCUUCAACCUGUACUUCCAGGCACUGCUGUGUGCUAUACUCAGCCAAGCAGACAGCAUGACCGCACAGCAGGUGAAGAGGAUCCUGUACGAGGAAGAGGAGGGUAGCUCGGACUCCUCACAUCCAGGCUCUGGUUCCUCAGAGGAUGAGGACAUCUUUGAAGAAACAGCACAGGUUAGCCCACCUCGCGGUCGGGAUAAACGUCAUCAGUGGCGAGCAUCCAUCCCGUCGCUCAGUGUGCAGCCGCUGGGCAGCGCCGACUGGGCCUGGCUGGUCAAACGCCUCUAUAAACUGUGCAUGGAUCUGUGCAACAGCUACAUUCAGAUGCACCGGGACUUGGAGAGCACGCUGGAGGAGGCGGCGUUGCUGAGAGGAGCAGCAGGGGGAGGAGACCACGUCUUCUUCCUGCCUCUCUUCCAGUCGGAGGCUUCCACCCCGACGUCAGCAGGUGGGCUUUCAGCCCAGGGAACACCCUCAGAGGAAGGCGGGUACCGGUGUCAGAUGGCAGACACGAGUGCAGCGUCACCAGGAGACACACCCACACCCAGCCCAGGAUUCAGCUGCACAGGCAGUCUGCCCCACCACUGCCGGACUGGAGGAGAGAGGAGGGACCCCGGCGUCCCAGCCAGCUCAGUAGGAGGAGGGCCUGGUAGCACUGGACCUGGAAGGAGAAAGGAAUGGUGGGAAAGCGCCGGGAACAAACUCUACGCCAUCGCCACGGACAAAACCAUCAGUAAGCUGAUGAUGGAGUACAAACGCAGGAAACAGCAGCAGCAGCAGACGCAGCAGAGCCACGUCAACCUGUUCAUGAAGGAGCAGGGCCGGAUGGCGGCAGCCGGAGGGGGGGUUGCUGGGGGGAGGGGAGGGCCCGUGGGGGCACAGAGGACCCCACAGCAGCUAGUGGACCAGCAGGAGCCCCCUCUGAGGCACUCGGUCAGUGCGGGACCUGAGGUUCUGAGGCAGGAGAAGAGGCCUCGCUCGGGGUCCACCAUCAGCUCCCACAGCAUCUCACUGAGGGACUCGGAGGCUCAGAUACAGGCGUGGACCAACAUGGUCCUGACAGUCCUCAACCAGGUCCUCCUCCUUGCAGACUCCUCUUUUCUGGCACUCCAACCAGCACUCUACCCCUGUCUCAGCCAGCUCUCCUGCCACGUGACUGAUGCUCGAGUCCGCCAGGCUCUGCGUGAAUGGCUGGGUCGUCUCGGCAGACUCUAUGACAUCCUCAUGUGACACUGUGGCAAAGGACACGGACGGUCGGUCAGUGAAGGAUGUACACAGACAAAAGAUAAGCUCAGUCAAUGCAGUGGACUUGUUCAGCAGCGCCACUGGGCUGUACGUUGCUGAAUGGUUUGAUUGGCUGAUGAUGCAGGAAGUGAAAUGUUAGGCCGUGACAUCAUCAUGUCACAAACAGUGAAGGGUUUGACUUGAAACUGUAACAUGAACGUUUUAUUAUUGUUUCUUGCAACUUGACUGGAGUUGAUGUCCACAAACAAAUCAUGCAAGAGAGUGCACGCGCGCACACACACACACACACACACACACACACACACACACACACGCUGUGUCAAUGCUUUUAAAUAUGAUUUUCUUUAUCAGUUAGGAAAAACUGAUUUUCAGAACUGAUCCUAAUUUUGACCCUGUAUUGUCACAGCAUCACAAUAUAAAUCAUAGCCUGACCUGAAUGUGGAUGCAAACAUAGAAGUGCAGAGAAUUGUGGUUAUUGUAGUCCUCUUGCAUACAUUUUCCUUUACUGUAGCAACAUGUUUGUGGUACCCUGUGGAGUUUCUUUGUUUAGAAGGAGCUACUGGACAUUUACAUUCAUGGUACGGCUUCAUUUCUGGGUUUGCUUCUGUCGGUGAGUUUUCCAACUUGUGGUCUGUUCUGUCUGAGAUGUUUCACUUGCUCAGUAUAUUCAUCUUUACGGCUUCUGUUCUAUAUUCAUGUGCUAGUAGAGCAUGAGAUACAGUCAGAACAAAACUUUGCUUUGCACCACAAGUGGCCAAAAACAUCACAGAGCACCUUAAAGGAAAUAAAUGUUUCAACAGCCUUGGGCCGAAAAUGUGAGGGGGACGUCCUGUGCACGAUCAUUGGCUGACAGCUCAUCUGAGAAAUGUUAUUACUGCUGGCUGGGCAUAAACACCACAGCACUGUGCACCAAAGAUGAUGCUAAGAGAAUCCUAGAGAUCGCUAGAGAAAAAUGUCAUUGUAUAGUCAGGUCACUGUGUUUUAAGUUGAAAAUACAAACAAGACAUGGUGUUAAAUUUCCUUUUUCAGAAUCAGAGUGGAAACAUUACACUGAGUGGACACGUGAGGCUGCUGAGAAUCAGUGUUUUGCAUUUGAUCUGACUGAUUCUGUGUGAAUGUUUGUUGCUGACAUGCAUUUUCUAUAGCUUUAAAUACUGUGCGGUCUCUAAGUUAUUCAGCUACAACUGAAUGUCUUUGUUUAUUGCUCACACCUGCUCAAAUCUUCUGCAGUGACUGUUUUACUGGGUAUUUAUUUAAACCAAAUAUAACAUGCAUUAUGUGUGUUUUGAUGCUUAAUGCCUUCUACACACUACGGUAUUUUGGCUGUUUAUGCACAUAUUUAUGAAAAUGCUUUAUUAUUUAAAAUGUGUCAUACUGAGCAUAUUCAGUGUUUAUGGAGGAGCUGGUUUUCACAUUGAUGAGGUUCAUACUAACCAACACUGUACCACUAGUCUGAAAAGGAAGCUUUGUCACUGGGGUUUGUUGUUAAUGCCAAACAUUCAUCUGGGUUUUUAAAAGGGUCCUGUAGGAUUCACAAGCAUUUACAUCAGCCACCUCUGCCGCUGCUGCUGUAACAGCAGUGAGAGAGUGAGAGCAGUGUUGGUGUUCAAGCUGUUGGAGCUGGUUAAACUUCUACAAAGUGCAUUCAGGUGCAGAUAAGUGAAUCAUUAGGUGGAGCCUAAUGAUUCACUUAUCUGUUUCUCUUUUUUCUCUAAUUGAAUCAUCCUGUUGGUCUGUAAAAUGUCAGAACCUGAGCGCCGAGGUGAUGUUUCAGAAAAUGUCUUCACCAGCCCAGAACACAAAGAUACAUUUGUUUACCAUUCCAGAGAAAAUCAAACACUUGUUACAUUGGAGAGCAGAGUCUUUGGCAUCUUUGCUUUAUAAACAGGUUAAGUCAGCUGGAUUUAAUGUGCUGUCCAAACCCAGAUCCAUGUUCCAUUACAUUUCUGAUGACCCACUGAUCCUGAGUGUGCGACUCCUGUGACAUCAAGACAGAUAUUGGACUCAAAACUUUGAAACAUAGUUUAGCAAGAUGACGUGUUAUCUUGAGGAGUUCAGCCUGUGAAAACAGUUGUAUAAUGCUUUCAGUGGCUCUGGUGGAGCUUUCUAAAGCUUGAGAAAAGAUCUCAGCCAGUUUAUAACCAAAUGGCCUGCGUUACAAAGUGGGACUUGGGUAACGUUGGACUAGAUUCAUGUAACGGAGGUUAAAGUUUAGACUUAUGUUGUUAUCUUCUCUAUAUUUAAUGCAAUGUUGUAUUUUCAUUAGUGUCCAUUUGAAGAUGGUUUGUGUGAAGCUGUUACUGAAAUGGCACAGCUGUAAUAAUGUGUGACAUAAUGUAUGUGCAGUAUCGCUGCAAAACACCGGCUUUCUACAGAUUCAUGCAGGUCAGGUUGGCUCUUUGCUUCCUUCGCUCCCUCAGACCGAGAUCAGCAGGUCAGCUAAUGUUGUGACAGUCAUUUCUAAAAGUGUAUUUUUUCUGCUUUUGAUAUCUAAGACAAGCACCUGUAAUCUUUCCACCUGUUGUUUCCAACCUGCUCUUGGCUUCCCCUUUUCCUCCUGAGCUCGGUCUUACAGCUGUGUAACUGCAGUGUGUUUAAACAGCUUCUCCGACAGACCUGUCUGCCCUGUGUGCUGCACAAUAAAAGCAGUUUGUCUCGUA